AUGAGACCCCCAUUGCUCCGACACCUAGUGUUGGCUUUAGCAGUGUGGAUCAACCUUUUGAUCUUUACUCAUGCCGCUCAAGAUGUUAAUGGAAUGGCUGUUCUCAAGCUUGGAGAUAUCGUCCCAGUUGAUACUCCAGGCAGCUACUACUCCCAACUCCAUCCCUGUCCAACAGCCUGCCUGGAUAACAAGCCCAAUAACUGGACUGUGUACUCUUCAGUUGAUCGCCUGAAUGUCUGUAAUCAGCCUAUUCUGUUUGAGAUGGGAGUUCACAAGCCUCUUGACAAAGGAACUGGCAUCAGAUUGCAUGCAUGCACAGUUGGUGACAGCCGCGAUGCUAACACCACUGUGAAUGCACUCUUUGAAGCUUCCAGUGAAGCCAAAAACUUGACCAAACGCGCAAAUCCAGAGUGCGUAGCUGCUACUGCUGCUACCAAGAUUGCCCUCUCAUAUGGGCAGCAAGGCACGAGCGAUGCUCCUGGUGAUGAUGCCGUGGUAGCCUUGGAGAGUCUGCAGGAUUAUUUUGAAGAUGACUCAAACUGCGACUCCUCCAUGUUGUUCUCAUACUCCAAUGGCACAACAGCUGGCAUCUACAUCGGCUCCUCAUUUGACAAACGCUCUGUCAAGCCCUUGGUCUCCCAGCUCGUUGACCACAUCAAGACGUUCAAGUCAGCAGGCUCCAUGACUGUUCAAUUGUGCAAUGAUAAACGUAAUUCCCGUCAUGUUAUGGGUCUUGCUGUGGAUACAACGGGAAACGUCGCCUCAGUGCAGAGCGCCAUUCGCUCAUGGUCCAAGGCAGAAUGUGUCAGCGGACUGGACUCAACUUCUGUCUGGGAAGACGUUCAUAUAUGGGAAUCUACCGAAGAUUUGCAGCCAACCAAGCAAGUAACUGAACGUGAUCUCGAAGCACGAGCAGAAUGUACGACAAUCCGUGUGGGAGCAAAAGAACUAUGCCCUGCCCUGGCUACACGAUGUGGGAUUAGUUUAGCCGACUUCCAAAAGUAUAACCCGGGUGAAACCUUUUGCAAUCAUCUCGCGGAAGGCCAGCCUGUUUGCUGUACGUCUGGCACAUUACCUGACAUCACCCCAAAGCCUGAGCCAGACGGCACUUGCAACACUUACACUGUGAAACCUGGCGAUGACUGUUCGAAACUCGCUGCAACAUAUGGGUUGACCAAAAAGAAAAUUGAGGAGUUUAACAACGGCACCACAUGGGGCUGGAACGGAUGUGGUGAUCUCGAUGCUCACAUCAACAUUUGCCUCAGUAAAGGAAAGCCCCCCAUGCCGGCUCCAAUCUCCAACGCUCUGUGCGGGCCGACCAAACCCGGUUCCAAGGCGCCUACCGAUGAUACAGACCUUGCAGAUUUGAACCCAUGCCCGCUGAAUGUUUGCUGUAACAUCUGGGGCCAGUGUGGUAUUAAUCAAGAGUUCUGUCUUAAAGAGCUUGGUCCUUCCAAGAAUCCAGGAACUUCAAUUCACCAGAACGGUUGUGUGUCCUCCUGUGGAACAAAAAUUACGAACAAAGACACUGCUCCAGGACAGUAUGGCCGAGUUGGCUAUUAUGAAACUUGGAACUUUGAUCGAGAGUGUCUCAAUCUCCGUGCAAAAAAUGCCAAUACCGAUGGUAGCUACACCCACAUGCACUGGGCGUUUGCUGGAAUCAAUAAGAACGACUGGACAGUCAAGAUCAAUGACUCGUAUGGUCAAUGGGAUGACUUCAAGGAUCUUGAUCUCAAACGCAUUAUCUCGUUCGGUGGCUGGGGAUACUCAACAGAGCCUGAGACAUAUAACAUUUUGCGAGAGGCAAUGGCGACCCCCGAGAGCCGUAAUGCUUUCGCAACUAAUGUUGCCAAAUUCGUGAAGGAUGAGGGCCUCGAUGGUGUGGACUUCGACUGGGAAUACCCAGGGGCCACAGAUAUCGAUGGCACUCCUCCAGGCUUCGCAACAGAUGGUCCCAAUUAUCUCAAAUUUUUGACCACCAUGCGGUCCAAAUUAGGGACAGGAAGUAGCUUGUCUAUUGCCGCUCCGGCAUCCUACUGGUAUCUCAAAGCAUUCCCUAUCAAGAACAUGGCCAAGCAGCUUGACUACAUUGUUUACAUGACGUACGACUUGCACGGGCAAUGGGAUGCGGGUAACCAGUGGGCCACGGAGGGUUGUCCUGAGGGAAACUGCCUUCGCAGUCAUGUGAAUCUCACCGAGACUGAAUACGCACUUUCUAUGAUCACGAAGGCGGGUGUCACGACAAACAAAAUCUUUGUCGGCGAGUCAAGCUACGGCCGUUCAUUCAAGAUGUCAAAGAAGGGCUGCACAGGGCCUGACUGCAACUUCGAGGGCACACGAUACGAUUCCAAAGCAAAGAAAGGUGUCUGUACAGAUACUGCUGGUUAUAUAUCCAAUGCUGAGCUUGGCCGGAUCAAAAGCUUGAACCCCAACGUGAAAACCUGGCAUGAUGGGGACUCCAACAGUGACAUGAUGGUGUACGAUGACCUUGAAUGGGUUGCAUACAUGUCCCCAGCCACCAAAGGCAGCCGUCGUUCUUACUGGAAAGGCAUGAACUUCGCUGGUACCAUUGACUGGGCAGUCGAUCUGCAAGAAUACACAGACGAUGACUUGGCAGGGCCCGAUGGCGGUGACAUGGACGAUGGCUUCCCAAUGCCAGACUUACCUGAAUGCAAAGGGUCAUACGCUACUCUGGAUGACAUUCAAAAAGACAUUGGAAAAAUACCCAGAGACUGUGCAUCCCAAUACAUCCUGAAGGUCUUGAAAGGCACUCUUGACGACGCCUUGAAACGUUACGACAGCAUGAUAGCAGACGACUAUGACAAAGACUUCGACUACUACGCCCAAGCCGUGGUCGACAGUGGACGGGAGCAGGUCGAAAGCUUCAUGUACCAGAAUGGAUCGAACUACUUCACCUGCAUUGUCACCGAGGAGGUUCCCGACUGUGGCUUUUGCGAAGGUCAGUGGGGAAAAGACAGUGACGUCUACUGUCGUUACUGCGAGGAUUACGACAAUGGCUGGGACCCAAUUUGUGACCAGCCCGAGGUCAACUGUGAUGGUGUAGAGACUAGGUACAAGAACGUCACGGAGCCAUGUCCGCCCGACUACUCACUGCGCGCGCAGAUGCCUCCACAAGAUUCGCGCUGGGGGCAGUCGGUGUACUGGCAUCUGGUUGCCUCCAAGGCUAAGCAAUUCUGGGCAGACCUAUACUCCACGAAAGGCAUCGAUCAGGAGAAUAUCAAAUGGGAGAAUGUCCAUCAUCCUACCAUGUGUCCGCCUAGCGACAAAGAGUGCAACAAAAACAACGACUGGGAUUAUAACUUCCCUGUGCCGGACGGGUACGACAAGGAUGACGUUCUCAACCCGAAAGAUGUUGUGUCAGACGCUCACAAGAAUGUCACAAUUCUUAGCUCUGAGAUGACUAGGGCCCUGGAUUCUAUGAGCGAGGGUUCUUUCUCGCUCGAUGCUGAUGAUUUGGUAGACGCACUCUCGCUUCCAAUCUCUAUGAUUGCGGAUGCCGUUGAUAGCAUGGAGAAGGUCAAGGAAAUUGGAGAGAAAAUCGAGGAGGCCAAGCGGGAGGCGAUUCUAAUGGCUUUCCUGACUGCCAUCUUCUUCUUCAUUCCAGUCGUUGGUGAAGUUGCUGGUGCUGUCAGUUCCAUGGCAGCUAUUGGCCGAAUUGUCGCGCUGUUGGGUGAAGUCGGUAAUGUCGCUCUGGACAUUUACACGAUCGUUGACGACCCUGAUAACGCACCACUGGCUAUGUUUGGACUUAUUCUUUCUCCAUUGGCUCUAACGGAUGCAGUGGCCAUCGGCCGAGCUGCCAGUGCUCGUCGUUCCAUGUCUGCCGACGAUGUAUCCAAACUGGGCGAUGGAGUGAACGACAGGCUGAGCAAAAUCGGCAACAUUAAGGACGUGUGUCGGAUCUGA